AUGGACUUGGUCCAGGAUAAUGAUCCCUUCAUAUGGGAUGCAGACCGGCUGCGAAAAGAGCUCUGCACGGCAGAUCGAACAUGGGAUGCGCCGCCAAACCUCAAGUUUCCUCACCCUGAUCGGCUGGCCGAUAAGCUACUUGACCUGGAGAUUGAUGGCGAGUCACUGCUCAUUUAUCGAGACAUGAUGGGCUCCCUAGCAUCUCUCAUGGUAGACCUUGGUAUCAACAAAGUGCCACAGCAGCUGUCCUUCUGCGCAGUCGUGCAGCUAUUGCAAGCACGCAGCCCAGCAUAUCGACGCUGGAAGAAGAACCAGAAUGGAGCUCCAGAUAUCCCAGACUCAGAUGUGGACAUGGACGACCAUCUGCCGAUGCCCCCCAUCUCUGAGACCUCUCCAGCCCUUCGGUCAGCAGAGGCCACAGCAGAGAGCUCCGCCACAGCUUUACGGUCCGAGGACCCCGGAGGGAUCGACCAGGCAACCGCUACUUUCCCAUCUGCUUCAGAAGAGCCACCAAUGAAGAAACAGAAGAGGAUUGUUCCAACUACUAUCAGCACCUCCCCUCGCCACAGUUCUAUGCCAAACUUCAUACCAACUGAGGCCGAUCGCUUCACCCAUGCAGACCCACUCUCCUCCCAUCUUCAGAACUCUCUUCAGGAUGGUGCCUCCGACUUUGCAUACCUCGGAGCAGCCAAGCUAACAUCCCAGGACAUGUUUGGCCCUGACAUGUCAAGCGACCAAGACUCAGCUGACCAAUUCACAUGGGUCAAGUCUGGCCGUCUCCCCCCUGGACGGCAGUUGCAAGUCAAUCGGGCCAUGAAGAAAUACCUGAGACUGGCGGACUCUACGGCGGACACCCCUAGCACUCCCUCGGAGAAGGAUAAGGUCCUUCCUCUAUUUGGCGAAUCUGACGAUGAGUACGACUCCGAUACAUACCGGGAGAUGGAGAUGGAGGAAGAAGAGCGAAUCAAGGCUGCAGCCUUGGAGCGGAAGAUGUUGAGCAAGGAUGAGGUGGAUGGUGUUAUCAGCGACGCCAUACAAGCUCUGGCAGACCUCUGGGCAGAGACUAAGAAACCAGUGUGGGAUCGGAAGGCAUUGGGGCUCUGGAACCGGCACAAACAUGCAGGUAUACGAAGGUCUGAAGUUGACAAGGCCUUGAGCCGCCGGAAGAGACUGGACGCCCGAAUCGCUCGGAUCUGCAAAGAGAUGGGCCAGGACAAGUGGCGGAAUAGGGACGAGCUUCAACGGCAGACAGCCUCCUUGGAGCUCAGCGUGUUUGACAGGGAAUACGAGUGCUGGCUUAUGAAGAUGCUCAACAAUCCUACCCCGCCACCGAAACCCAACAGGCUCUCAAGGCCGACUCUGCCGCCAAAAAAGCCAGCCGCAACCAAUGAGGGCGACGAGGAGAUCCUGACGAGCGAUUCCGAUAGUGGAUUCGAUGACUUCAUUGUCGAUGAUGAGCGCAUGGAUAUUGAGCCUGAUCUAGGCGAUGCAUCGAUGGAGGAUUCACGGAUGGAGCUAGACCCUAGACUGGAAAGCUCCCCUGGCCCAAGUUCUCCUGGCCCAAGUUCUCCCGGCCCAAGUUCUCCUGGCCCAAGGACUCCUGGCCCAUCUCUGCUUGAUCACCAAACCCCGGCCAGCGAAGCGGUCGACUACGAUCUCACGCAGAUCGAAGAUCAGCAACCAACACCGGACCCCGAGACGCCUAGCCGACAUCCUCCCGGGACGAAAAACACACCAAUAGACCUCGCCCCUUCGCCUGCCGACACCACAUUCCAGGCCCCGGACCGGAUCCCCGGCCUUGACGACCCGGCUGCGCUUGUGAAAGUCGGCUCAGCAUACUGGGAAAGGGUCAACGAUCCCGAACGCCUGGUGGUUACCGUCUUACAUACCUGGGAUUUAUCUGAACGCACAAGUCUGUUGACCUGCGUCGAGGAAAGCGGAUCAGAUGAGCUAUGGCAGAAACUCAUCAUGCGAGCCACGGAAAAGGGGGAACUUAGCCCUGUCCAAGACAAAAUGACCGAAGAGGACAGCAUCGACAAGGUUGCCUUCAUGCUGGCCAGACUGUUUGAGGUCUACGCCAGUUGCUCCUCGGCUAGAUCACGAGAGACGGCCCGGUUGAGGCGGCCCACCAUUGGGCGAAUCCAUUCCCACUCAUCAUUGUUCGACAAGUUUUGCCAACUGCUACGGGGGGUUGAGCCUGCUCCUUCUGCGCCGGCCAUCCCGAUCAAGAUCAAGGUCAAGCGCCCAAGAAACGCCGCACAAGACAACGAUGAGCCUGAUGUUGGAGUCGGAGAUGACGAAGAGGAGGAUAUCCAAACAGCCUCGUCUGAUUCGGAAGACGACCUGCCGCUCUCCCCGGCUAACAAACGGCGACAGCGCAAGGUUGUCCGUGAUAGGGCGGCCGAGGAUAUCCAAGAAAUCAAUGCCCGGCAGAAAAAAGAGUACGAGGAACGCAGACGCUUGCUGCGGGAGAGGCUGGCCGUUUCGGGGUCAGUAUCUGCAGACAUGAGCCAGUUUAUCAUCAACGACGCGAAGCAGGAUGACCAGGGUUUCAUUUACGUGCAUCAGCAUAUUGCUGGUAGGGUCAAGCCACAUCAGGUUGAGGGGAUUCGGUUCAUGUGGAACCAGGUCGUCGUGCUCCGACAGGGCUGCCUCCUGGCACAUACCAUGGGCCUCGGAAAGACGAUGCAAGUGAUCACACUGCUUGUCGCCAUCGCUGAGGCCUCGCGCUCCCAGGAUAAAUCCAUCUCCUCCCAGGUUCCCGGCAAUCUCAAAAAGUCGAAGACCCUGGUGUUGUGCCCCGCCGGACUGGUCGACAAUUGGGUGGACGAGCUCCUCAUCUGGUCACCCCAGGAUACUGCGCAUGUAUCACUGCUUGGAAGCCUCUCCAAGAUCAAUGCGUCUCUGGAUGCGGAACAACGCAAGGCUAGAGUCCGCCGGUGGGCAGAGGACGGUGGUGUUCUAGUCAUAGGCUACACCAUGUUUGUCGCCAUGUGCAAGGACGACGAGAUGCGUGACCUCUUGUGGCAGAAGCCACACAUCGUCAUCGCAGAUGAAGCGCAUCAUCUGAAGAAGCAGCAGUCGCAGGCCCACAAGGCCACUGCAAACUUCAGGACGGCCAACCGCAUAGCGAUGACUGGCACUCCAUUGGCGAACAACGUCGGGGACUACUACGCCAUGAUCAACUGGGUUGCGCCCAACUACCUGGGGUCACCCAAGGAUUUCACAAAGGACUACGAAAAACCGAUCAAACAAGGUCUCUAUUCCGACAGCAGUGCCAGCGAUAAGAGAAUUGCCUUGAAGAAGCUCCACAUGCUGAAGCAGACAGUCGCGCCCAAGGUCCACAGGAUGGGAAUAGCCGCUCUAAAGGACGACCUACCCACAAAGAAGGAAUUUGUCAUCUACCUUCGUCUGACGGAUGUCCAGAUGGCGGCGUAUCGGGCUUAUGCCGACCACGUGCUCAACGACGACAAGGUCACAAGUCAAAUGGCCGGGCCGAAGAUAUGGGCCUUCGUGGCUAUCCUGUCGAGUCUCCUAGCCCACCCUUAUGUCUUCCGGGAAAAGCUCCAGAAACGGAAGGAUGAGUUGGCUGUCGCACAAGGGAGCCGCGCGGGGCCGUCCAAGAGUGGCUCGGCUGCUGCAAAGGGGAGCUGCUUAGGGCUGUUCAACAAGAGUGGCUUGGCUGGUGCAAGAAGCGGCCGCGCAGAAGCGGCCACGUCUACCGAUGAUGAGUCCAAUGAGUCACGCGUGGAAUUUCCAGAGACCCUGUUGAGCGAUGUCUUGGCGACGGUUUCCACCCGGAACAUAGAGGACUUUGAUUUGUCUUGGAAAAUCAUGCUCCUCACGCGCAUCCUAGACGAGUCUAAACGGGCGGGCGACAAGGUCUUGGUGUUCUCACAGCUGCUCACAACACUCGACUUUAUUGAGGAGGUCUGCCGCCGUCAAAAGCGAAACUUCUCGCGGCUGGAUGGGAACACGCCUGCUUCCGAACGGCAGAGCAGUGUUAAGCGCUUCAACACGGACAAAGGGUCUGACGUAUAUCUGAUCACGACGAAGGCUGGGGGAGUUGGCCUGAACAUUUACGGAGCUAAUCGAGUCGUCCUCUUUGACUUCAAGUUUGUGCCUACCGAUGAGCAGCAGGCUGUCGGCCGCGCAUACAGGAUCGGUCAGAAGAAGCCAGUCUACGUCUACUGGCUGAUCGCCGGCGGAACGUUCGAGACGGUAGUCCAAAACCGAUCCGUCUUCAAGUCCCAGCUCGCAUCGCGAAUUGUCGACAAGAAGAACCCCAUCGCCUGGUCCAAGCGGAAUGGCGACUACUUUAAAGACCCCACGAUCCCCCCCAAGGCUAAGAACCUUGCAGAGUAUCUGGGAAAGGACACGGUGCUUGAUGCUCUGCUCAACUCGGCGGACUUGGAAGAUGGCAUCAGGUCUAUCAUCAUGACCGAGACCUUCGAGGAGGAAGAUCCGGAUGACAAUAUACUCACCAGUGAGGAUAGGAAGGAGAUCUCUGACUUCAUUGCGAUGAACCAGCGGCGCCUUCGGGAGCCGGAACAGACUGGCCGACCGGCGACGGGAAGCGGGCUUGCUCGAGUGCCUGCCGAGUGGGCUCGACGUCCUACUCAUGGGACCCCUCCACAGCCGGCGCAAGUGCCAGCAGCUUCCCCGCAGACACCCCUCCCGCUUCGGUUUCCGAUCGGUGCGCGCCCGAAUGAGCCGUCCUCGACAUCGUCAUUGCCGGCACCAGCCAAAACUCCUCUGCAGGAGGGGGCUGUUGUUCCAGAGGUACCAGCCCAACUACUUCGGGCCAUAUCCCCCCCGCGUAUCGUGUCUCAGCGGGCAUCAAAUCCGAGGCCCCUCGGGGCAAUGGAACCAGUGGCAGGAGCAGGCACCCAGAUACGGGGCCCGGUCAUCAGCCCACCGCAACAGCCACAAUUGCCGGCGGGACCUCAUAGCAACGUGGGCCAGCUCAAUAUAACUUCGAAGAAAGCAGAUUUCCUGCGCAUGCUGAGCGUGGCUUAUGACGCAUUGCCGCUGUACCGGCGUAAAUUCCUGGCGCCGCCGCACACGGUCGUUGCCCAGGUCCAGGAGACUCUGGACAGCCAGCCUCAACCUAUGAAAGGUGUAGUUCUGCUGGACCACUGGGUGUCGCUGCUGAAAGCUGUCCAGCAUCUGAACGUUGCGAAAUCGUUGAUUGUUGGUGUCAUUCGGCCUCCAAAGCUGGCCAUGAUGACCCGCAUCGAGCUGGAACAGCUUAUAGCGCAGUCCACGACCAUGUCGGAGCUUGAGUUCAAUGCUAUGCUGUGGAACCGCGAGGGCCCAGAUCAUCUUCACAACAACAGUAUGCGGAAAUCCACCUCACUAGGCCUGUCGACGACCGGCGAUGCGGCCGACGAUGCGAUCGACGAUGCGAUCGGCGAAGCGAAGGUGAAAGCCACCGACAUGCAUGUCAUCAUGCGAGAGAUUCAACGGAGCAAGGACUGCGACGGCACUGCGGAUCGACCGCCUCGUCUUCCGAAUUGGGCGCAGAGGGAACUGACCAAAGAGAGAUCUAAGAAACGCGAUGGUUCAGCAACCCCCUCAAUCCCGCAAACCCCUUCCCGCCUACGUCCGGGAGACUCGAUCGAUUCACCUCAGGUCAUCGACUAA